AUGGUUUUCUACGCCUAUGCCAAAAAUGUGAGCAACAUGCGAGAUGAGGAAGAAUGGCGCUACGUUAUUGUUGCUACGAACAUGGAGGUGCUUGAUGAAUGGUACCGAACCCUACAGGAGAGGCUUCCUGCUGGCGCUAUAGGUCGACCUCGGAAGGACUACCAAAGUACCAAAGUAGGAAAAGAGACUCCUGAGUUCGAUGAUCGGGUUAAAUUCACGUGGCUACCGAGGGUGGACGGGAGGAACUAUGUCACAUUUUACAACAAGCAUGUUGUUGACCAUAUUAGUGGCAAUUCGUUUUUCAUCCGUUCAAAGAGCAACCCCAGCGUGUUCUGGUAUGCAGAGAACGAUAAGAUACGUGCUGGACAGCAAGGUCGCACUAGAUUCCGAAUUACUGGGAGAGACUUGGAAGGGAGUGCCGUUAUGAUCAACGGAGAUCCAAUUUCUAUCACUCCUGUCCAUGACUGGAACCGAUCUGUGUGUGUUCAACACAAUGGGGAUUUGGGCCUUGGACAUAGAAGUCACGACUUCAAACUUGCUGAUCUCAAGAAUGGCUUUUUGUCUUCUGGCUUGGGAUUUGACACCAAAGUAACCAAAGUCAAUCAUGAUGGUGAAGAGUGGGAGCUUGUAUCCUAG